UCCUUGUCCCUCCCCAACUCACCCACCCACCCAGCCAUCUUUCCAUCUUUUUCUCUCAUUUUCUUCUGCCAUUAACAAAGGAAAAGAAAACCCACUAAACUCUCUCCUCUGAGCAGAAAGGAAAAAAAUUCUGUGUCUUUCUCUAUCUCUCUCUCUCUCUCUCUCUCUCUCUCUCUCUCUCUCUCCCCCUCUCUGAGUAAUCAGAGAGUGCUUGAGGGGCUUCAAUGCCUUAUACCACCACUUGAUAUCCAUCAAUCAGUUGCAGAAGAUUUGAUUUCGUUGGGUUGAGUAUCCUUUAUCGGUGGACCUCGGCUUUCAGAGAUUUUAAAGCUAAUAACUGUGCGCAAGAUUGGAAAUCUUUUAAAGAGUGAGAGAAGGGCAGAGAAGUUGACGUAGUUUGCAUUUGAUUACCCGUUUAUAUAAUCAGGGUUGUUUUUUGUGUCGGUGCUAAUGGGGAUCUUUGAAGAAAUGGGUUUCUGUGGUAAUCUUGACUUUCUUUCGGCUCCAUCUGGGGAAGGCGAAGCAGCUCCAGAGCAUGAACCCGAGGCAACUGGGGAGGAGGAUUAUAGUGAUGAAGAAAUGGAUGUUGAUGAGCUGGAGAGGAGGAUGUGGAGAGACCGAAUGCUAUUGAAGAGGCUGAAGGAACAAACUAAGGGAAAGGAAAGAGUUGACAAUGCGAGACAGCGUCAAUCACAGGAACAAGCUCGGAGGAAGAAGAUGUCACGGGCACAAGAUGGGAUCCUGAAAUAUAUGCUGAAAAUGAUGGAAGUUUGCAAAGCUCAGGGUUUUGUUUAUGGAAUUAUCCCAGAAAAAGGAAAACCAGUGAGUGGUGCCUCAGACAAUCUGCGAGCAUGGUGGAAGGAAAAAGUAAGAUUUGAUCGUAAUGGCCCGGCUGCAAUUUCUAAGUAUCAGGCAGAUCAUUCAAUCCCUGGGAAGAAUGAAGACUGCAGUGUAGUGGCAUCCACUCCUCACACUUUACAGGAGCUGCAAGAUACCACUCUUGGUUCACUUCUGUCGGCUUUGAUGCAGCACUGCGAUCCACCCCAAAGACGUUUCCCAUUGGAGAAAGGUGUUGCCCCACCUUGGUGGCCUACCGGUAAUGAGGAUUGGUGGCCUCAAUUAAAUCUGCCCAAGGAUCAGGGUCCUCCCCCAUACAAGAAGCCUCAUGAUCUGAAAAAGGCUUGGAAGGUUGGUGUCCUCACAGCUGUGAUAAAGCAUAUGUCACCAGAUAUUGCCAAGAUCCGCAAGCUUGUUCGUCAGUCCAAGUGUUUGCAAGACAAAAUGACUGCUAAGGAGAGCGCCACUUGGCUAGCUAUUAUAAACCAGGAGGAAGCUUUGGCCCGAAGGUUAUAUCCUGAUAGAUGUCCACCUCCACUGGCUGGUGGUGGUGGGUCUCUCGCAAUCAGUGGUACCAGUGAUUAUGAUGUUGAAGGUGUUGAUGAUGACGAAAAUGUUGAAACAGAGGAUUGCAAACCUCUUGUAAAUCACUUCAACAUUGGAACUGCUGGUCAAAGAGAGAGGCUGGUACCUCAGAUUAAGGGGGAGCUGAUUGAGAUCAACUCAGAUUUUGGUCAAAAGAGGAAGCAGCUGUCCGAAGAGCCACAAAUGAUGUUAAAUCAGAAGAUUUACACCUGCGAAUAUCCGCAGUGCCCGUAUCAUGAUUAUCGCCUAGGCUUUCUCAACAUAACUGCAAGAAACAAUCACCAGAUGAACUGUCAAUACCGCAGUAAUUCUUCACAAGUGUUCGGAAUGUCAAGCUUUCAGCUUCACAAUGAGAAAUCUGUGGGCUUCUCUCUACCCAUUGCUCAACCACCUGCACCCACAUUUCAACAAUCAGUGAACCAGGCAAGUAGGUUUAAUGCUUCAGGAGUUGAUGAUGGGCAGAAAAUGAUAUCUGAGCUUAUGUCAUUCUAUGAUAGUAAUGUUCAACAGAACCAGAACUGCAAUCCUGGAAACCUCCAUAUCGUAGAGAACCGCAACCAGCAGCAGUCGAAAUAUCAAUUUCCAAUGAAUGAUAACUUUUUUGGUCAAGGGGUGGAUACAGGAUGCAACAUCAACAUGUCUGAACCGGCCCCCAUGCCUAUGCUUCAUCCAAGUUUCGCAUCCCCAGAAGUUCAGUUUGAUCAGUGCAUUGCAUUUGAUUCUCCAUUUGGUAACAAUCCCAUUGAAAACGUCAACAUGAGAUUCGACUCCCCCUUGCACUUGGCACCAGCUGAUUAUAAUGUUAUGGACACUCCGCCGAAGCAAGAUGCUCCCCCUUGGUUCCAAUGAAGUGGGGUUUUCUUAUAUUGACUGCUCCAAUGUGUUGGAGUUACACAGUUGCGGACUGAAUAGGUGAAGCUUCUUUUUAAGUUGCACUUUUUAUCUGUCGGGACGUGUUAGGUGUUUAGAUGACUGCUCCAAUCUAUGUGUUGGUAGGAGGGGUGUGUGUGUGU